AUGGCGAAGUCGAAGAACCACACCAAUCACAACCAGUCGCGGAAGAACCACCGCAAUGGGAUUAAACCCCCGCUGCCGUUGUACAUGUACAACUCGAAGCGCGGUGGGUGGCUGCCGGCCCUCGUUAACACCCGACGUGUGAGGAAGAACAAUCAGAAGGCUGCGCUGAAGGCGCGCCGUGAGCGACUCGCCGCCCAUCAGGCCGCACAGAAAUAA